AUGGAUGCGGCAGUCACUCGCAGAUCCAACGCCCUCCGCGUCGACGUCCCGGAUGGCGAUGCCGUUGCCGUCUCUGUCAUGGCGGACUCCCCUGUGGCCAAACGGGGCCUUGGCGCCAAGGACGACGUGUGGGUUGCCGCGGACGAAGGGGUCAUGUCCGGCGACGGCAACCGGCCUAUGCUGUUCCGGACCAUGAAGGUCAAGGGAAGCAUCUUGCACCCUUACAGGUUCUUGAUGCUCGUGCGCUUGGUCGCCGUCAUCGUCUUCUUCAAGUGGCGUGUGGAGCACAAGAAUCACGACGGUGUGUGGCUCUGGACCGCGUCUAUGACUGCUGACGCCUGGUUCGGCUUCUCAUGGCUCCUCAACCAGCUCCCCAAGCUCAACCCCAUCAAGCGUGUUCCGGACCUCGCCGCCCUCGCAGACCGGCACGACGAUGCCACCCUUCCAGGGAUUGACGUCUUCGUCACCACAGUCGAUCCCGUGGAUGAGCCCGUCCUAUACACCGCAAACACCAUCCUCUCCAUCCUCGCUGCCGACUACCCGGUCGACAAUUACGCAUGCUACCUCUCGGACGAUGGUGGCACAUUGGUGCACUACGAGGCGAUGGUCCAUGUUGCCAGUUUUGCUGCAUUGUGGGUCCCGUUUUGCCGAAAGCAUUGCGUCGAGCCAAGGUCCCCCGAGAGCUAUUUUGGAAUCAAGACACACUCGUACGCUGGGGGUAUGGCAGGAGAGUUCAUGAGGGAUCGUAGGCGUGUGCGCAGAGAAUACGAGGAGUUCAAGGUGAGAAUAGACUCCCUAUCUACCACCAUUCGCCAACGAUCUGAUGCCUACAACUCCAAGAACAAAGGUGGUGUAAGUGCCACUUGGAUGGCUGAUGGGACACAAUGGCCGGGUACAUGGGUUGAGCAAGCCGAGAACCACCGAAGAGGACAACAUGCUGGAAUUGUUCAGGUCCUACUAGACCAUCCAAGCUGUAAACCACAGCUUGGAUCACCGGUGAGCACCGACAACCCAUUUGACUUCAGCAACAUUGACACGAGACUUCCCAUGCUCGUCUACAUUUCCCGAGAGAAGCGCCCUGGUUAUGACAACCAGAAGAAGGCAGGCGCCAUGAACGUGAUGCUCCGUGUCUCCGCGUUGCUCUCCAACACACCCUUCGUCAUCAACUUUGACUGCGACCACUACAUCAACAACUCGCAAGCUCUCCGUGCCCCUAUGUGCUUCAUGCUCGACCCUCGUGAUGGUCAGAACACGGCAUUCGUCCAGUUCCCGCAACGGUUUGAUGACGUCGACCCAACUGAUCGCUACGCCAACCACAACCGUGUCUUCUUCGACGGCACCAUGCUUGCGCUCAAUGGCCUCCAAGGGCCUACCUACCUCGGCACCGGCACCAUGUUCCGUCGUGUCGCACUCUAUGGCAUCGAGCCGCCACGCUAUAGAGCAGAGAACACUAAACUUGUGCGUAAGACUGGUGAGUUCGGUUACUCGACGUCGUUCAUCAACACGGUGCCAGAUGCCGCGAUCCAAGAUAGAUCUAUCGCCCCGGUGCUAGUCGAUGAGCGCCUCAGCAAGGACCUAGCUACCUUGAUGACGUGCGCUUACGAGGACGGGAGCUCAUGGGGGAGAGAUGCCGGGUGGGUGUACAACAUCGCCACAGAGGACGUGGUGACAGGAUUCCGCAUUCACCGACAAGGGUGGCGUUCCAUGUACUGCUCCAUGGAGCCGGCAGCGUUUCGUGGAACGGCUCCGAUCAACCUCACCGAGCGCCUCUACCAGGUGCUUCGGUGGUCGGGCGGGUCCCUCGAGGUGUUCUUCUCCCACAGCAACGCCCUCAUCGCAAGCCGCCGGCUCCACCCUCUGCAGCGCAUCGCCUACCUCAACAUGUCGACGUACCCGAUCGUCACGGUGUUCAUCUUGUCCUACAACUUCUUCCCGGUCAUGUGGCUCUUCUCCGAGCAGCUCUACAUCCAGAGGCCGUUCGACACAUACAUGGCGUACCUCGUCGCCGUCAUAGCGAUGGUGCACUUGAUCGGCAUGUUCGAGGUGAGAUGGUCGGGAAUCACGUUGCUAGACUGGUUCCGCAACGAGCAGUUCUACAUGAUUGGGGCGACGGGUGUGUACCCAACAGCGGUGCUCUACAUGUUGCUAAAGCUCGUCACGGGGAAAGGGAUAUACUUCAGGCUCACAUCCAAGCAAACGGAGGCCUGCUCCAACGACAAGUUCGCCGAUCUCUACACAGUGCGGUGGGUGCCGCUGCUGAUCCCAACCGCCGCAGUCAUCAUUGUCAAUGUCGCGGCUGUUGGGGCAGCAAUAGGCAAGGCGGCGACAUGGGGCUUCUUCACAGAUGAGGCGCGACAUGUGCUUCUCGGGAUGGUGUUCAACAUGGGGAUCCUCGUGCUCCUCUACCCAUUUGCACUUGGCAUCAUGGGGAAGUGGGGGAAGAGACCCAUCAUCUUGUUCAUUGUGUUGGUCAUGGCCAUCAGCGUCGUCGGGCUCUUGUAUGUCACGCUGCACGCCACGUUACCAGGAGAAUGGUCACAAGUUGCCGUUUCUCUUGGGAAAGCAUCGCUUACCGGGCCAUCUGGAUCUGGGUAG